GCAUUUUUGUGCCUUUUUAUCACAUGCGAGCUCUCAGGCAAAGGUUAUUAGCGUUCCAACAAGCAAAAGUUGACCAGACCUUUUUAAAUGAAAGGAAGAAUUUGUACAUCAUGAAAUUGAUUUUUGAGCUUAUUUUGAUUUGGGGACUGAUGAAGACUUCAAGAUUCCAGUGUGUGCUAGAAAAGGAGUAUUUCUGCUCUUCCAUUCCAGACAAUUUUCCAGAAGGCCUGACGUCUGUUCUCUUUGUUGUAACAAAGAUUGGGGUUAUCAACUCAAGUGUCUUCAACAGCCCAAACUUGAAAUCUGUCACCAGUCUAGCUCUAGCAAACAGUGGCAUCACAAGAAUUGAACCUGGAGCCUUUUACGCUUUCCGUAGUCUCAUCAAACUCAGUUUAUAUCAAAAUAAUCUGACUACAGUUAUGGCUUCUUGGCUUUCCAAACCAGGACACUUAGAAAACCUUACAGUGUCUCAGAACGUCAUUCAGGAAAUAGGCCCCCAUAUGUUGUCCAGUUUCUCUAACCUGACAACCCUUAAUUUAGCUAGCAACAGAAUUCAUAUGAUUGCAGGUGGAAGUUUGAAGAAUUUGUCUAAGCUAACUUUUAUUGAUCUAUCUGGUAAUAACUUAUCUACCUUAACAAGACAUGUGUUCAGUGGGCUGAUGUCUCCAAUAAUGAAACUGGGGGACAAUCCAUGGAACUGUUCCUGUGAACUUCAAGAUUUUGGAUUAUUUUUGCAAGAGCUGAUGAAUGCUUCUGUGUUGGAAGAUGCUUCGUCUGUGGUGUGUCAGAGCCCACAAGCCCUGAAGGGAAUUCCUGUUUGGAACAUCUCUGACUUUAACUGCCCACCUAUUCUCACAUCAACAUCAUUUGAGAAUGACUUCUAUAAAGUUGGAUUGCCAGCAAUGCUUCUAUGUUUAGUGUUGUUUUCAUUUCUUUUGCUGCUUCUCCUGCUCUGGAAGGUGAAACGAGAUAAAAAGCAAGUGCAGCCAGGUAAAGAAGCUACUGUUGAAAAUAGCCAUGAAAAACUAACAGGCCACCUUAACAAGAUGACAGAGAGACUGAGGAGCAGAGGACUGUCAGAUGAAAAGGUACAGACAACAGUGAAAAUUGACAAAAUCCAACAAAAUAGAAUGCAGAAAACUCGUGCAAAAUCUGCUUCACCAAUUCUGUUGAGAACUGAGUUUCAACACAGUAGUUCUCAACCCCAUAGACCAACUGAUGGGAACCAGGAGCAACCCAAAACCUUUUGCACAGUAAUAGAUGAAAAAGCCUGCAUGAAAAAUGAAGACUGCAACAAUGUUAUGGAACUGUGGUAUUUUAAUAGCUUGCAAGACUGCAAUAAAAAAGCUAUGCGUAAUCACAAUGCAAACACUUCACCAACUGAACUAUGCAUAGAAACCCCGAAAAAGGAUAGUUCAGAACUAUUAAAGCAGUCAUUGCAGGACCAUGGAAUUUCACAAGUGCAUUGGAAUGAUGAAAUUAAAGGAAGGGGUAAUAUGGAGAAUGCUGAACCGCUGUUGUAUUUAAGUGUUGCUAGUACAACUGAAGAGUCACCCAGUGUACCUGGCACUAAACAAAAAGAUGCUGUGAGUAGAAAUGUAAAUAUGAGGCUGUGUUCUUUGAGAAGAGUUCUUACUUGGCCAUAUGAAAAAAGCAAAAGGGAUGAAAGCCAAAACACUUUAAAUUCAGAUGAUUUUUUCAAGGCACCUUUCUGUAUGCUCACUAGUGAUCCUGGUGUCCCAGCAGCAGUCAGGAAAACAGAAGUCAAAGAUGAACAAAAUCAGUAUAAUUUCUAUCUACAUACUGUAAAGGAACAAAAGGCAAUUCAUGAUUACAGCAGUGGUAAACCUAACUUAAAGAAAGAAGCAAAACCAGCAAACAAAUUAGUAUCUCCACUUAAGAAAGGAGCUAAGCAAAUAGCCACAAUGGAAAAUGCAUGCAUCUCAGUGCCUGGGAAAGGAUUCAGAGGCUCUGAGACUGUAAAAAAGAAUAAGAAUAACAAAGAUAUACCUUUGCAGGCUGGAUUCUGCAGAGACAGUCUUCACUCGCCAGCAUCCUCAGACAAAUCUGGUCACACCUCCUCCCCAUGUGAUAAUACAUUGCUUGAAAAUAAUGAAUACACCUUCAUUGAUCUUUUGCAUGAAGUCGUGGAAAAUCGUGGGAGGUGGACCAGGCAGAGGUGGAAGCAGACCCAUCAAGUGCGAAUUGCUAGCCACCCCCCAAUGAAAUCAAAGUAAACUAAUUGCACUCCAUCAAAAAAU